GUCAGAUCAGUGAAUGAAACUCCGGACUUUCUCUCUCUCACUUCUCCGACGCUUUGGGUUCGUUUUAGGGUUUCAUCCCUUCUUCAUCUUCUUUAACUGCUGUGGAAAAUCAUGGCCGAGGUUAUGAACAUGGCCGCCACCGCCACCGCCGCCGACGAGUCGUUGGACCGCCGUCGCGAUCGUCAAGAGAAAUCGUCUGAGGAGCAACCUCAAUCAUCUCCGCCGCCACCGCCUCCGCAGCCAGUUGCUGCUGCUCCUCCUCCUUCCAGAAGACGGGAUAGAGAUGAGAGAGAUAGGAGAGACGAUCGGGACGCUGAUCGACCUCCGAACCGACGCGGCGAUAAUUACGAUCGUAAUCGCUCUCCGCCUUCGCUGCCUCCGAGGGACAGGGAUAGAGAUAGAGAUAGGGAUUAUAAACGUCGGAGCAGUCUUAGUCCUCCACCGCCUUACAGGGAUCGUAGACAUUCGCCUCCUAGACGGUCUCCUCCGCCACCUUACAAGCGUUCAAGGAGGGACGAUGGUGGCUAUGAUGGAAGAAAGGGAAGCCCUAGAGGAGGUUUCGGGCCUGGCGAUAGGAGGUUUGGUUAUGAUUAUGGUGGGGGAUACGAGCGGGAAAUGCGUGGCCGGCCUGGAUAUGUUGACGAAAGAUCUCUUGGCCGGUACAGUGGUCGUUCAUCUGGUGGCUAUCAAGAUUGGGAUUCUAAUCGUGGUGGGCAUGGCGAUCCAUUCAAUGCAGGAGCUGGCCCAAGAGAAGGCUUGAUGACAUACAAGCAAUUUAUUCAAGAGCUUGAAGAUGAUAUACUUCCUGCUGAAGCAGAACGCAGAUAUCAAGAAUACAAGUCAGAGUAUAUUACAACACAGAAACAAGCCUUUUUUGAUUCUCAUAAAGAUGAAGAAUGGUUGAGAGAUAAAUAUCAUCCUACCAACCUAGUUACUGUCAUCGAAAGGAGGAAUGAGCUUGCACAAAGAACUGCCAAGGACUUUUUGCUUGAUCUGCAAAGUGGAACACUGGAGCUAGGUCCUGGGAUCAAUGUAGCAGCGACAAAUAAAUCCGGGCAGACUAGUGAACCAAAUUCAGAUGAUGAAGGAGACAAUGAUGGCAAACGGAGGCGUCAUGGUAGAGGACCAGCCAAAGAAUUGGAUCUUCUUUCUGCUGCUCCUAAGGCCCACCCUGUUAGUUCGGAACCAAGACGGAUUCAAAUUGACAUUGAACAAGCUCAAGCUCUUGUUCGUAAACUUGAUGCUGAAAAGGGAAUAGAAGAAAAUAUUUUGUGUGGUUCAGGUCGGGACAAAACGCAUGGUGGCUCCUCCGGCAUAGUCAUAAUCAUACGAGGGUUAACGACUGUCAAAGGCUUGGAGGGUGUUGAGCUACUUGACACGCUUCUCACAUAUCUUUGGCGCAUCCAUGGCUUAGAUUACUAUGGAAUUGUUGAGACAAGAGAAGCUAAGGGUCUUCGUCAUGUAAGAGAAGAGGGAAAGACCUCUAACAUGGCUGGUGGUGCAGAUGAGUGGGAGAAGAAACUUGACUUGCGUUGGCAAGAGAGAUUGAGAGGUCAAGAUCCGUUGGAAGCAAUGACUGCCAAGGAUAAAAUAGAGGCUGCUGCUUUUGAAUCUUUUGAUCCAUAUGUUCGUAAGAUAAGAGAUGAAAAAUAUGGUUGGAAGUAUGGCUGUGGAGCCAAGGGCUGUACUAAGCUGUUUCAUGCCCCUGAGUUUGUGCAUAAGCAUCUUAACUUGAAACACCCAGAGCUUGUGAUGGAGCUGACUUCAAAAGUGCGUGAAGAGCUGUAUUUCCAAAAUUACAUGAAUGAUCCAGAUGCUCCUGGAGGGACACCUGUUAUGCAGCAAUCACUUCCGAAGGACAAGCCACAGAGACGUAGGAUGAAUUUAGAUGGUCGGCUGAAGGAUGAUAGAGGCAAUCGCAGGGACCGCGAUAGUUGGGCCAAUGGGGUUGACAGACUUGAUAGAUCUGAGAACCCACAAUCAAGUGAUUUUCAAUCAUCAAAUGAUGGUGCGGAUGGUGGAAACCUUGAUGAUCCUAUGUUUGAUACUUUUGGAGGCCAAGGCAGACAUGUUGCUCCAUUUGCCUCUGAAAUGCCGCCGCCAGUGCUUAUGCCGGUUCCUGGUGCUGGUCCAUUAGGACCUUUUGUCCCUGCUCCACCUGAAGUUGCAAUGAGAAUGUUGCGGGAACAAGGAGGUCCACCUCCGUUUGAGGUUGGUGGUAGAAAUGGAAGGCCAGGAUCUCAAUUAGGUGGAUCUGCUCCAAUUCUUGCCCUAUCUCCAGGUUUUCGACAGGAUCCACGCCGAAUACGGAGUUAUCAAGACCUAGAUGCACCGGAGGACGAAGUCACCGUAAUAGAUUAUAGAAGCUUGUAGAUAUAUCUGGCAUCGGCGAAGUUUAGAGGUCACUCAUGUUUCCGAAGGGGGGGAUGCAACUACAGAACUGGUACGAAUUUCAGACUGGUAACUGUACGAAAUUCUUAUUGUUGCUGAAGAGGUUUGCUUUGUUUCACCCUAUAAUGAGUUCUGGCUGUGGGCAAGUUCAAAUACCCCACCUUAAUGGGGAAUUGUGCAUUCGUCUAACUGUUUUUCUUUUUUCCUUUCUGUGUCCAUUCUCUGUAUUCUUAGUGAAGAAUGAAUUCGACCCGAAGGCAAGAGAUGAUGUUAAUGACCGAAAGAUGUAACCAAUCUUUCGAAUCGUCGAACAUAAUUCUUCUGCAGUUAGGAGUGUGCAUCCCUUUUUAUUUUUCAUUUUUGGUUAGAGUCGAUUUUGGUCAAGCAAGAACUAUUAAUAAAAUUGUGGAUAUCAAUUCCUGUUUUAUGAACUUUCUAACAGUAUAAAGAUUGUAAUGAUAGGAUGAUCUAUUGCUAUUUAUAUUGAGAGAGGAUAUCCAAUUCCCAGGCAGCAGCCAGCCCCCCAAUGGGGAUGACAUGUAUGAUGAGUAGAAGAAGACUAGACAGGGGUAGUUGUGUUCUUAGGUUCUUUCUAUUAUAAAGUUGUUUCAGAUUUUGUGUUUUGAA